AUGAUAAGUAAUAAUAUAUUCGAUGUAAUAAUUGUUGGCUGUGGUCCAUCUGGUAUUGGUGCUGGAAUUGAAUUUAAAAAAAUGAAAUCUAAUAUUAAUUAUCUUAUUUUGGAAGCACGAAAUAGAAUUGGUGGUCGAGCAUUUACUGAUAUAACAACAUUCGGUGAAAACAUUCCAAUUGAUAUUGGUGCUCAUUAUAUUUGUCAUCAUGACGCAGAAAAUUUUUUACAUAGUUAUUAUAUUCCAUCAAAUGAUGAUUUUAUUGAAUCUGAUUCUUAUAAUACAUCAAAUAUGAAAAUUUUUGAUGAAAAUGGAAAUAUUAUUUCUGAUAAUAUUAUUAAUAAAGCAAUGAAGAUUGUUGAAAAUUUAUUAUUAAUUGUUAAGGAAUAUCCAAACGAAAAAUCAGAUAUAUCAAUAUCAGACUUAAUUGAUGAUCAAUUAAAAAGAAUUUCCAAUGAACAAAUUCGACGUGUUGUUCAAAUGGGUCUUAGUCAUACAGAACGUCAUGAAGGUUCAGAUUUAAAUAAACUUUCAUGUAAAUAUUAUGGAAAAGGAGAAGGUGAUCAUCAAGAAUUUUAUUUAUCUAUUACUAAUGGUUUAGGUUCAUUAGUUAAAAAUAUUGCCUUAAAAUAUAAUCUUCCUAUUAAAUUAAAUUCCAUAGUAACUAAUAUUGAUAUUUUGAGUGAAUAUGAUGGAAUUGUUCGAGUUUCAACAAAAGAUAAUAAUACAUAUUUAUGUAAAUAUGUUAUUUUAACAAUUCCACUUGGUUGUUUAAAAUCAAAUUCAAUUAUAUUUACUCCAUUAUUACCUCAAUGGAAAGAAGAAGCUAUUCAGAGAAUGGGUUUUGGUUUACUUAAUAAAGUUUAUCUUCAAUUUUCUGAGAUAUUUUGGGAUGAAAAUUUACAAAGAAUUAACAUUGUUACCGAUCGAUUUAAAUUUUAUUAUUGUUUACCACAAUAUCGUAUGUUGGUAUUAUGUAUAUUUGGAUAUGUAGCGAGACAAUUAGAACAAAAAACAGAUGAACAAAUUGUAGAAGAAGUAUUUUAUUCUCUUCGUCAUAUUUAUCCUAAUAUAUCUUAUCCAAUAAAAUGGUUAAUAACACGAUGGGAAUCUGAUCCAUUUUCUAAAGGUUCAUAUUCAAGUUUUCAUCUUGGAUGUGAUUUAAAAACUUUAAAAGAAUUAUCCAUAGAGACACAUGCCGGUCGUGUACAUUGGGCUGGAGAACAUACGAAUUAUGAUGGGUCUAUUGGUUAUGUUGAUAGUGGAUUUGAAAGUGGAAUACGUGAAGCGAAGAAAAUUCUCAACAAACUUCAACUAUCUGCAUAA